CAACCCUAGAGAAUGGAAGAGGGUAGUGUGGGGGUUCUCUCAUGUCACUUUAAAACCUCUUCCCAUCCACAAAAAACUACAAAAAAACUAGAUAAAGAAACUCUUCAUACCCGUCACUCUUCGAUUAUUGGAGAGAGAAACUAAACCCCAACCCACCAAAAGUCUCUCGCUUCCCAAGAAGACGCCAUAAAAGCUCACGAGACGGAGAAGAUCAAGAACCAAUGAAUUUAUGAUUUAGUUUGUUGCAGUGGCAGUAUCUUCUGAUCUUACUGAAAAUCUCUGUAUAUCAUCUCUUGCUGUCUGCAAAUCUAAUAAUUGCGCUUGUAAGCUAAAGUAGAUCUUCUCGGAUCUUCGAUUUGUAUGUUUCAGCCCUAUGUCACAAAGGGUUUGUAGAUUGUAAGAUAAAAGUUCCAGUGAGAAGAAGAUUACAGGAAGUUAUAAUAAAUAUUGUAGUUGUGGCUUCUAGCAGGAAUACUAGGCUGCCUUCUGAUUCAGGUGCGUUUGCAGACUGGGUGGCUAAUCCUUCGUCUUCCUCUGCUCUCAGACCUUCUGAUCAGGACCUCUCCUUGGGCUUCAAUGCCUGUUCCGCCGCCCCCGGUGGAGGCUCGACGGGUAUUUGGUCGUCAGCCUCUGCUCGGCAAAUCAACUAUGGUGUACCAGCUGAAAUGGGUAUGUUUGUGGUUGCUCCCUCGAGCCAUCAUCUUUCUGAUCAUGCGCAUGCUCACUCUCUCAACGCACCUUUCUCCAAUGCUUCCACCGCCACUGCGACGGCGCUUGGCGUUGGUGUAAUCCCGCUUAUAACCGCCACCCCUUGUCUAGAUGAGGGUAUGGUGGGUAAUCGUGGGAUUAGAGGUAACAACGCGAACACUACUAGUAAUAGCAUUCAGUUAUGGCAAUCGCAUCCACAACAAAGUUACUUCAAGAAAUCGUUAGUUUCCGAUCAUGGAUUUUGCGGAGGCGGCAGCGGUGUUGGGUCGGCGUCAACGUCAGGAUCCACCCUGACUUGUCAAGACUGCGGAAACCAAGCUAAGAAAGACUGCAACCACCGACGGUGUAGAACUUGCUGUAAAAGUAGAGGUUUUGAUUGUGCUACCCACGUGAAAAGCACUUGGGUCCCAGCUGCUCGCCGUCGCGAACGUCAGCUCAUGCCAUCCACCAGCGGUGCUGCAGCAGGUUCCUCGGCGUCUACUUCCGUCACCAAGAAACCUCGACUCACUUCGCGCACCACGACUCCGUCACACACUUCAACUUCAAAUACCACACCUCCAAGAAGCUUUGACACUAGUUCUAGUCAUCAUCACCAAGAUCCAAGUUUUAUGCAAUCAUUGCCGGUUCAAGUGCGUGCUCCGGCGGUUUUCAAGUGUGUGAGAGUAACGGCUGUAGAAGACGGAGACGACGAAUAUGCAUACCAAGCAUGCGUAACAAUCGGUGGUCAUUUGUUCAAAGGGUUCCUGUAUGAUCAGGGAGCUGGAACAAGAGACAAUUCCAACAUACCAAAUUUAUCUGAAUUGCAUUUGGGUGGUGGCGUAGGGCGUAAUGUAGGUGGUUCUUUAUCUUCUCAGCCACUUGAACCACCUCCGGUUUACGGUUCCUCCGGUGGCGGAUUGCUUGGUUGACACCAUUAUUAAUUACUGAUAUCUUAUCAUGUAUUUUUUUUAGUUAAGCCCAAAGUUUCAUGGAAUCCCUAUGUCUUUGUACUAUUUGUUGUCCAAUCAAAUUGCUUGUGACAAAAUCCGGGUAUCCUGUGUGCAUGUUUUGUGCGAAAUCCCCGCAAAACACGUUAAUUUGCGACUUGUUUUGUAUAUGUUGCUACACGCAACCUAUUCCAGUGAAAUAGUUUUAGUUUUUGGUAA